AAGGGCAUAUCACCAUUGGGACUUCACAAGUGGGGCUGGGUCUCAGCUGUUUCGUUUAGUGUUUCGAAGGCAGCUGUUGAAUUUGAUGCAGAAUAUAGUAUAGUAUUAGUAUAUCAACCCUUCAAAUUGCCUCAAACUUAACGCGUAUAAAAGUAUACCGGAUAAUAUGAAAAAGAGUAGAAAACGCUAGGUAAGUCAGAAGAGAUGGACUUACAAUUGUUAAAUAUUUGUCGGUCAAUUUUGCAUAUUGCAGCAUAUGCAAAAUUGACCGACAAAUAUUUAACAAUUGUAUACUAUACCGUUAGUAUCGGCAUCGGCGAUGAUACAUUGAUACUGAUACACUCAGAUACACGGACAAACCAGACGUAUAAAAGAAUAAAACAUACAUCGGCUAAUGAUAGUUACCACAUCAACAAUCAAUAAUAAUAAUAAUAGUUGACACAUGUCAUUUAUAAUUUAAUAUAAUAUUAGUAAUAAAUUAAAAUUUCAAACAAUAACAAUGAAAUGACAUUUCAAUUCACAAUAAUUGUGAGAUUGGCUAUAUAUCGGAUUUUUAACAAAAAAUCAUAAAUUAUACAUUAUACUUUAAAGUUAAAGGCCUAUAAUAUUAUUAAUAUUACCUAUCAAAUUUAGUCCUAAGCCUAAGGCUAAGGCCUUACUUACUUAACUUAGUCUUAGACUUUGGUUUUAGGCUUAUAAAUAAUACUUUAUUAAAGUUUUAUUGUCACAGUUUUAUAGUUAUAGGCUAGCCUAAUUUAUCAAAUGUAUUUAGUUUAGACUUACUAGACUUGACACCUUUUUUGAAAUGAUAAAAUGUUAUCCAAUAAAUUUUAAUUGAAUAGAGUAGGUCCGCCUUUGUUCUGACACUGCAAUCUUCAAUUAUAUAAUAUUUACCAAACUGGAUGUCCUCUCAUGAAUAUUUCGCACACAGUUAAUAUUAAUUAUUUCUCACUCAAUGAUUUCCCGCACAGAAUCAGAAAGCUAGCCACUCAGAUUACUCCUCACACAAAGAAUUCCCCACACAAAGAUUUUUUCAGAAACGGAAAUAUUUUUUCAGAAUACAGGUAUGGAAUUUUUUAUAAAUACUACAAUACUAUGAUCAAUAUGAUCGUAAAUAAACCCCCUUUAAUUAGAAAAUUUUAACCAUGAAAUAAUUGGAACUCAUAUUUAUUAACCUUAGGCAUCUGAAUAUCAUUUAUUAUUAAGGCUGUGGCUAUUCGGUAUCAGAAGUGAAAGGUUGGGUUUAUUAAAAAAUAUUUAAAAUAUUAUUGUUCGGUUUGUAAGAUAAAAUUUGGUAUGGAAUAAUAAAAGAUAUUUGAAUGGCCUAUAUUUUUGUGAACCUAAUUCUUCAGUUUAACUAAAAUAAACUACCACAAAUAACAUUCGAAUAGCAUUUAGUCUAAUGGGACCCGGGUCCAAAUAGUGCGAUGCGUGUCUGGUUCCAAUGAUAUUUUAAACAUUUUUUAAUCCAACCUCUCACUUCUGGUAGCUGGGUCCGAAUAACCACUUAUUAUUAUUAAAGUGUAUAAAAUGCUCUUAUAAAUUUUCUCUUUCCAGAUUCCUGUAAUACAUUUUUAAGCAUUGUCAGAAGAGGUGCAGUUAUGAAAGACUCAGACCUUCUUACAGUUAUCAUUGAAAGAUUAUCUUCUUUUGAUAUAAGAAAAUGUGGACCAUAUCCAGAAACUACAAAUGAUUUUAAAAGAGCGGCAGUAUUGCUGCCACUAACCGUAAAAAAUGGAGAAAUUUUUAUUUUACUCACAAAGCGUUCAAAAAACUUAAGGACUCAUCCAUCAGCUGUUUCUUUUCCUGGGGGUGUUAGAGACAACUCAGAUAAAACAGAUGUGGAAACUGCCCUUAGGGAGGCCAAAGAAGAGAUUGGUUUACCACCUGAAUGUGUGAAAAUUUUAGCAAUUUUAACCAGGGGUGUAACUCUACCAAAUACUGUGGUAUACCCUGUUGUUGGAUUGAUUCAAAACAAUUUUAAACCUGUACCAAAUCCAUCGGAGGUAGAAUUUGCAUUUUAUAUGCCACUUAAGGACUUUUUAAAUGAAGAGAAAAUCUCCUAUUCAACAUUUAAUGUUAGGGGGCGUAAAUUUUUAUCACGUUCUGUAAAAUAUAGUGAUGGUGAAAAAUCAGCCAAUGUAUGGGGUUUUACAGCUAAUUACUGCAUAUUUUUAGCUAAAAUUGUUCAUGGACUUCCAGACUUUUUACCUGUGUUUGAUGAUUCUAAAGAUUCAAAAGACAAUACUUUGCAGGCUGGUCUAGUUGAGUAUUUUAAUUUUGUAACAUCAAUGACAAAGAGCAAGCUUUAAAAAUACAUUAAUGUAUAUAUUUUCAUUAUUGCUGCAAAUCAUUGUUUUCUUUAGACUUAUAAUCCGUCACAGAUUUAUACAUUAAUUAGUCCCAUUCUUAAUAAUUCUAAAUUUUAUAAAUGUCCAUAGCAUUUUGGAUUGAUUUUAUGAUAUUGGUUUGGAAUUUACCUUGGAUGAGUCUUAUUUAGUUACAAAUUUUUAAUUUUUGCUUGGAGUUUGUGAAUUUUUGUUUUAAUUUUUUGGUGGUGGUAAUUAAUUGUAAAUACCAGUUGAUUUUUAAAAUGUUUACUUCUACUUCUAAUGGUCUUCCACAAUUUUAAAUGAGAAGUUACUGUAGCUUUUUUGCAAAUCAGGCAAAACAACACUGGGACUUGGAGUGGAUGGGACUUGUUAACUAGGAGAAGGAAACUAUGAUUGCAAACAACUUGUGACCACAAAUCCAUGUUUAAAGGCUAAGGGUAACAACCCCAACACCAAAAUCAGGAGAGUACCUUAGGCUUGUAUUUGUAGGCAGGACAUUUAUUCAAUGAAAAUUCCAGCAACUUCUUUGAUACGCCUAGGGUGAAGCUGUAUCAUCCACUUGAUUUUCCCUUGGAAUUAUUAGAUGCAUGGAGAAGGAUAGGUGCGGAUCUGCUGACAGGAAACAACCUUAUUCUAAUUAAAAUUAAAAGAUCCCAGUCCUUGUGUAUUCAUCCUGCAAAAACUAAAACAAAAAAACAGUUUUAAUAAACGAAGUGGAUGCGUUCACCACUGCGGUGUAUCUAGCGAAACCAUCGGCUUUGGCCUGCGUAAACUGCGAUGGUGUACCUAGCAAAAUCGUGGGCUUCGGCCUGGAUACACCGCGGCAAAAAUGUACCAUUGGCCUGGUUUUAAGAUAUAUCUCUUAGAGAAGGUCUUGUGUGGUCAAAUGGUAGAGUGGACGCUUGGCGAUAUUAAAUUUUGAGAUCAAUUCUCAGUAGGUGAUCAAGUUUUUUUUCUCCCAUUUUAAUUAAAAAUAUUUUGUACCGGUAUUUGAAUUAUCAUGUUCAUUUGCAACAGUAGUUUCAUGAGAAGUUUUUAAAUAUUUUGCAGCAAUUUAAACAAUUUAAAUAUAUGUUAUAUUCAGAUUAUUAAGUGUUUCAACAUGGUGUGCCGGCCUUUGACUUUUAAAAUACCGAUAAUAUUAGUAAUAAGGCAUUAGAAAACAAACUGAAAGUUUCUGAAAGCGCAUGUAUAAUGCCUACACAAAUCACGGCUCUGGAUAGGGGUUGUCCACAAAGGAUGUCCCGCACAACAAACUUACCUUUUGCAUCCCCCCAACCCGGAGAGUGGGGGGGGGGAUGGAUGCUGAUGUCCGCUGGCAUUUUUUACUAAUGUGUAAUGCCAAUGUGAAACUUAUUCAAGGAUAUUUACUUACUGCUAAAAGACCUUUAAAAAUCACUGCAGUAUUUCGUGUUGAUCAUCAUACUGUUGUUUUGUGUUGACAAUCGCUUGAUGUAACAAUGACAAUGCCUCGGACAACUUGAACUUCACGACUUCAUGAUCACUGUAUGUGAUUCUCUUCCCGUAAUGUAUUUGUGGCGUAAUUAUAUCUUGGUACUAACAAAAUAUAUACACUGGCUUCCCAUUCAUUCUUACACCACGCCCGAGGGAUCACAUACAAUGUUAUAAUUAUAAUAUG